UUUCUUUACCUAAAAACAAAUUAGCAAAAGACAACGCACCAACCAGUGAUUUAGAGUUUUAAGACAGAGAGAUUUGUGUGUCAGGUGGGUCCCAAGCCGCCCGGGCCCCACAUUCCAUGAGGCAUGCCUUUGCUAUUUAACCAAGCAAUAGCUCUUCUCAUGUUCUUUCACCAAUCGGCAAUUUUCUUGAUUUCUUGUGAGAUUUCAACAAAAAGAAGAAGAAAAAGAUUCCCUCGCCGGAAUAAUCACCGGAGAUAAGGAAAAAGAAUGGCGUCCCUGAAAUUUCCGUUGGAGAUUCUCGCCAUCUUCAUCAUCAUCUCCGUGAUUCUCUUGCCGAUUGCUCAAUCGCAAUCUUCUUCGCCAGCUCCCGCACCCACCAGCGAUGGAACAUCGAUAGAUCAGGGGAUAGCGUAUGUUCUAAUGAUGGUGGCUUUGGCGUUGACUUAUUUCAUUCAUUGAACUUGAUGGAUCCUCCAGUUUGUUCUUCCUCCCACAAUAAUUUUGUUUUUCUAGUGUUUGUGUUCUUAAUUAUUUGGUUUUAUUAUAUGUGACGUGAAAUGUGUAGAAAAUCAAAAAGAAAGUUAGGUUUUGGACAUUAUGCUUUGUUCUGUAUUCGUGUAUAAUUAUUUCUUCUUGUUGCAUGUAAAAGCGUAAUUAUUAUAAUAAUAUAUUCUUCAAAAGAAAAAGGAAUCGUAUUCUCCGUCUACAUGUUUUGUGUUUUUCG